AGCGUUCAGUCCAGCGCUUCAGCACACAGUAAGGGCUCAAAUACGGUUGACAGAGUAGUAAAAUGACUCGCUCCAAGUCACCCAGCAGAGGAGUGGCGGAGCCGGAAUUAGAACUCGGGCCCGAGCUCCACCCGUUAGGUCGUGCUGCUGCUUCACGUUGCGCUCCUGGGGGGAUUGCGUGGCCUCCCCACCCGCCGGGGCCCGGAUCCUCACGCGGUGGCUCCCGUUCUAGCCGAGGAGAAGAGGAGGAGAAGAAGAAAGUGAACUCCAGACCCAGGAAUCCGGACGACCAGGGCAUCCCCUUCCGGCUGCGGGAGAUCAUGAAGAGCCGCGAGGAGAUGAAGAAACCCAGCAGCAAGAAGAAGAGGAAAGCGGCCCGGGAGGCCUUGAGGCACAAGUUGGAGGUGGAGGAGCGAGGCCCCGCACCCGCCAUCCCCGUGCCCAAGUUCAAGCAGCGGAAGGGCGAGUCGGAGAGGCAGUACAUCAGCCGCAUGGAGCGGGAGACCGAGCGCGUCUUCUUCCUCACCAAAAACCAGCUGGACCGCCAGCCCGAGACGGAAGACCCGGAGGCGGGGGCCGAGAAGGACAAGUCCCAGCGGAAGAAAGAGUUCCAGAGACGACGUCUGGAGAAGGCACGACGGCGGAAGGAGGAGAAGGCCGAGGUCCAGCUGGAAAAGGAACUGUUCCAAGACCCGGUGAAGUUUGGCGAGGUGGCCACGCAGCCCCCGGAGCUGACGGCCAAGCCCAGAAAGAGCAUCGGCCGCGACAAGCCCGGCCAGAAACAGCUCCUGCUGAAGACCCUCCUGGCCCCCGGCAGCCGUCCCCAGCCGCCCCCCGUCUCCCUGGCUCGCCAGCGGAUCGUGGAGGAAGAGCGGGCGCGGGUCGUGCAGGCCUACAGGCAGCUCAAGAAACUCAGACAGGGGCAGCGGCCGGAGCCGCCGCGGGGGAGACGGAAAGAACCGCGGUGAAACGCCAGAGGACGGGGGACGUCGGACUUGGGGCCGGCCUUCCUCGGAAAUUGGCCCCGGACCGGCAGCGGGGACGGGGAGGCGGGCCUCCCCUCUCUCUCCCGGCCCUGGGGCUUCGGGAGCGAUUCCCUCCCCUUUCUUUCCCCCGGCGUCUGGGCCUCUUGGGACUCGGAGGGCUCGGAGAGGAGCCGCCGAGGGUCGCUUCUCUGGGAAUAAAAGCUUCGGGCCCGCAGCCUGGCUCCUUCCCACAGACGCAGACUGGCGGGGGCCGACCGGACCCCGACUCCCAGAAUCCCACAGGCUGGCCCCGAAAUGGCUGCCGGAGAGCGGCCGUCCGCUCCGGCUCCAACUUCGGUGCCGCCUUGGCCUCCGCAGAGACGACGCGGCUGGGGUGGUGGGCACGGUGGGAGGGGGCACCCGAAACUCAAAUCCUCAACAGUGAAACCCGUUCGUGAGCCGUCUCUCGGUUCCCCCGGGUGGUCCGAGGCUCUGAGGAGAUCGGACCCCAAACCCAGCUUGGCCCUCUUCUCUCGGUUCGCUCGGACCCCUCGGCCGCCUCUCUCCAACAGGCUCCCGCGAGCCAUCCUCCGCCGACCCCCAAGCAGGCCGGAAAGCCUGGGCUUGGCCGAAGCCAGACGGGAUGUCCGGCCCCAGUCGGGCAGGAAGUGACCCCCGGACGCGCUGAGCCGGGUCUUGGACUUGAGGGGGACCGCGGCCCUCGGGGAGGUGGGCGGGCAGGAAGGAGCGACGUCCCUCUUAAAUAUUUGUUGGAGUUUACGCCCUCGGGGACGAUUCAAACAGGUAAUGCGGCACGUGACACCGCUGAGGUUGGCUAUGGGCGCAACGCCUUCUGAACAACAAGGAUUGUGGUAUCCGAUCGGCGCUUAGCAUGCGCCGAGCACUGUAUUAAACCCCGGAUGGAUACGAUAUUAGCGGGUGGACACGGACCCUUUGCCGUCUGGGCCCCGUGUCCUCUGCGCACAGUAAGCACUCAAUAAAUACGAUUGAAUGAAUGAA